AUGAAUAAUUUGAGUUGCAUCCGUGGUGAUUAUCUGAAAGUGUACUGGGAAGUGCAAGGUCCAGGGCCUCCUGGCGCCAUCAGCGAGCGGUCAGCGUGGGUCAGGGAUUUGUGUGGCAGUAGGGCGGACGCCCCUCCCGAGCUUUACUCACCAGGGCCAGCGUUAGUACUAGAGUUCCAUACGGGACCGAAGCAGAACAACGCUACUGGCUUUGUCGGAACUUACAGCUUCAUUGAUAAACCUGCUACGAUGCAUUUGAUAUGA